AUGGACUCGAAGAGCUGUUCGGAGGUCAUAGCAAGAAUGAAGCUGCUCGUGCGCAUCCGCAAAUGCUGCAAACACCUGGUGCGAUGCUUCACCCACAAGAAGCGUCGCAAGGCGGAUGUAGAUGAAUGGUCACCCGCUGUGGCGCCAGAAGUCCUCCUCCCGAGGCUCCCGCCUGAGCUGUGCGACAGAAUCAUAGACUUUCUGUACAACAGCCCCCGUGCACUCUCGGCAUGCUGUCUCACCUGUAGAUCCUGGGUCCCCGCAUCCCGCUUCCAUCGGUUCCGAUCCAUCUUCCUGACCCCUUUUCGAGCAGAGCGCUUUCUGCACAUCCUGGAGACCAAUCCCGAUACAGCGUACUACGUCGAGACCGUCGUGGUUCACUUCCAAGGGCGCGACCCCACGGCGACGCUGCUCGAGCUGCAGGAGGGGAGUGCCGAGACGCUGCGAAGGGUCUUUGAGCAGCUGCACGCCGUGACCUCGCUCAUGAUCACCCGCCUGUUCAUCACGCCCAAAAUGACCGACCUGUUUUCCGUCCUCGCAGCGUCCGUGAAGUCCCUGGACCUCGUCGACAUCCUGAUCGGGGACCCCAUCAGCCUGGACACGAUGAUCAGCGCCUUCCCCUCGCUCGAGAAGAUUGUGACCGCGGACAAGAUGGUGCUGGACGUCACCACGUCCGGCAGGAGCACCGUUGUGCUCCCGUCGUCCAUCCGCACCCUGCGCCUCAACUUCCCGUACGGCCCGCACGCGUUCCCGAUGUCGUCGUGGCUGCACUCGAAGAACCUGACGCAGCACGUGCGCAAGCUAAUCGUCGACGUGCCCACGCCGCUCAUCCAGCGGCGGCUGGACACGAUCACGAAGGUGUCGUUUGCGCUCCUCUUCGACACGUUCGGCCCUGCGCUGGAGACCCUGGAGUUGAACAUGCCGCAAUCGCUGCGUCUAUCAGACCAUGACCGCCCCGCGCGCGCCACAGACAUCCCGUUCACGUUCAAGCACUGCACGAGCCUGCGGCAUAUCACGUUCCACGCGACGCCAGACUGGUUCUGCCCCGUGCACGCGGCGGCGAACCCGUUCCCGACGUGGGCGCCGCUGUUCUUGUCGCGCAUCGAGGUCGAUUGCGUGCGCACGAUCGCGUUCGCGCUGCGCCUGCCGGACACGCCGGAGCCGCGCGACCUACACUGCAUCGAGGAGUUGGCGCUGCCGCUUGCGCGCCCUCAGUUCCGCGCGCUCGAGCGCGUCACGUUCCGCGUGAGCGGCGAGCGGCUGGAGAAGGAGCUGCUGGCCUUUGUCAAAAAGGAGAUCCCGGAGCUGCACGACCGCGGGAUCGUCGGCGUCGAGGUUGAGCGCUCCAUGCCCCCGCUUCUCGUCUCGCCGCUACUGUCGAGUCAAAGAGGAGGCCGCCUGUUCGCGGGCUUUGGACCGUGA